AUGUCUCGUCCAAAAAUACAUGAUUAUUUUAAGCGAAAAUGUACCGAAUGGAACAUCACCGAGUUUUUAAAACGAAAGCAAGGAGGAACCAUUUCAGUUGAAGAUUGGGCUGUAUUUAAAAAGUCUCGAACCAUUAAUGACAAUGAACAAGGGAAGAGGCAGGAAAGAGCAAAACAACUUCUAAAUAUUUAUAAGUCUUUAGGUCGAGCCACAAAACCAGUGCUGGGUAUAAAAUUUGAUUGGAAGCUUCCAAGUGCACAUCACUGCUCUCGUGUGCUCCAUCUCCAUCAUCCGAUGUUUGUAGAUGGAACGAUCAAUGGGGCCGUAAACAGUGAAACGAUCGGGACAGUCGGAAAUAUAAGAGGGUUCGUUGCUGGAUCAUCCGAAUCAUUUGAAUCAAAAAAAGAUCGGGACAAG